GGCAGCGUCUCUCGAGGGUUUCAGGCGGGGACACUCCACGCCCAACUGCCAUUGGAGCUUGUACCCGGGCCCUUCUGCUCUACCAUUGAAGUACAGCCCUUCCCGUUCAAACAGCGUUGUAGAACGUUCCUAGCGCCCCGCCCACUUGAACUCCGCGAUCUCCAGGAGAACCCUGCGAGGAGAUGCUUAAAGGUUUGCUAAUUCACAAGCCGGAACAGCCAGUGGACUUCUUGAUCAAUCAGUUAAAGCUAGACAGUUACGAUGUUCCAAAGAUCUGUAUACUUGGCCCACCAGCUUCUGGGAAAACAACUAUUGCAAUGUGGCUUUGUAAACAACUGGGAGUCCCGCGGAUCUCUCCAGAGAAUUUGCUAACCAGUUCGUGGUCAGCCCUGACAGACAAAGUACAGGAGUAUCAGCGCAGACAACAGAAAAUUCCCGAUGAGCUCUGGGCCGAACUGAUUGAGGAACGCCUGCAGAUUGAGGACUGUCUUCACGGCGGUUGGGUUAUGGAAGGGCUCCCUGAAAGCCGAGAACUUGCAAGGGCCAUGCUGUCAUCGGGCAUCAUUCCCAAGCACGUUGUGGUGCUUUAUGCUCCGGACGUUGUGCUCAUUGAGAGGAAUCUUGGGAAAAGAGUGGACGUUGUUACCGGAGAGGUAUACCAUACAACAUUUGACUGGCCAGCAGACGAAGACACACGCCUGCUCCUGGAAGCGCCUGGAGACAUAUCUGAAACGGAGACCUCGAGGCGGUUAAUGGAAUACCACCACAACUACCCUGGAAUUCUCCAGUCCUUUGGGAAGCAUAUGAAAUUGAUCAAUGCCGACCAGCCAUGUGCAGAUGUCUUCUCGCAGGUUCUGACCCAUGUCCAAGUUCUGCCUCCAACUCUCGCCCCAUUUUCGCCCCGGAUUCUCCUUUGCGGACCUCCGGGCUCUGGGAAAAGCCUGCAGGCAGCCUUGCUAGCUCAGAAAUACGGCAUCAUCAACGUUUGCUGCGGGCGAAUGCUAAAGGAAGCUGUAGCCGUUGAGACAAAACUUGGAGAACUCAUUAAGCCGUAUUUUGACAGCGGAUGGCCAGUCGCCGACAACAUUGUCGUAAAGCUCCUCUCGGAGCGUCUGAACAGGCUGGACUGCCAUCUCCGAGGCUGGGUCCUCCACGGCUUCCCAAGGGACGAAGACCAGGCAAAGCUGAUGAAGCGGGCAGAUAUUCACCCGAACAGGGUGUUUUUCCUGAAUCUCACAGCUGAAACGAUUCUGGAGCGUCUCACUUACCGUAUGCUUGACCCGGUCACUGGAGAAAGGUACCACACCUUGUUCAAGCCGGCUGCCUCCAAGGAAGCCAGCGACCGCCUCCUGAUGCACCCUAGGGAUACGGAGGAGGCCGUGAAGCUCAAUGUGGAAGCCUACUCCCGUCUCUCCAGCAGCCUGGAGAGCUUCUUCAAAGACGGCAUCUUUAUCAACGGCGACCAAGACCCGCAGACGGUCUUUGAGUACAUAGAGAGCUACAUCAUCAGUCCGCUCCCAAACCCUCAGAAAAGUUUCUGAGAGCAUACAGUAAAUGGAGCCCCGCACCCCCCCAGCAGGGAGGUCUGACCCAACGUUAAUCCAGGACCGGUUUGCAGUCUGUCCUCGAAAACGGUUUGGCUCUAGGCUGGUUUUCCUUCAGGCUACCCAGCCCGCCCACCCCUCCCCCAAAGGAGAACAAACGGGUUAAGGAAAUACAAGCCAUCCAACCUUCAAAGCAGGAUCCCCUGUAACAGGAAUUGGGAAUCUAGGACCCUCCAACUGGACUCCCAGCUCCCAUCAGCCCUGUUGCCUGCAGGGGCUUAUGGGAGUUGGAAUCUAACAACAUCAAGAAGCACCAGGUUAGACUACAACUCCCACCAUCCCUGACUAUUGGCCUAGCUGGGGCUGAUAGGACUUGGAGUCCAACAGCUUCCUCGCCACUGAAUCAGAAGGUAUCACCAAUCUUCUAGGUUAGGCAGGUCUGGUAUAAAUAGGAGCCUGGGUCCUCCCUGCCGCCUUCGGCUUUUCAACAGAGCAGGAUCUUUUGCUUGCUAGAUUUUGGGCUCCUGGCUCCACCCACUCAGGAUGCUGACCUGAGGCAUCCUCUGCUAGAGAUAACGCAUCUUCCAAGUCUUGAUCCAGGUGUUGCUGCUUUAUUCCUUACAACAGGGGUGGGGAACCUGUGGCUCUCUAGAGGUUGCUAGACUACAACUCCCAUCAUCCCUCAACCAUUGGCCAUUCUAGCUGGGGGGCUGAUGGGAGUUGGAGUCCAACAACAGCUGGAGGACCACAGAGGCUCCCCAUCCCGGCCCACAGAUAGGUGGUGGGGUGCGGAGAAUAUUCAGUUAGAAUAGAACCCCCCACCCACCGUGCAUCUGAUUUCUCAUUAUCCCAAGGGAAAUUAAAAGAGGUAAUGUUCUUGAAUAUCAAGCAAACAGGAUUUUUUUUUUGUUCUGGUAAUCCCAAGUAGGUUCAGUGACAGAAAAAAAGAAAAGCCCCCCCCCCACACACACACACUCCUGUCCUUUCCUGUCUUGGUGAUUGUUCAAAUAAACCCUUAAGUUUGAUUCCCCCCCCCCAAAGUUUUGCCUGGUGUGUCUUGGGUCUGAGGGUGUAGAACAGGCUAUCAAAAGCUCUCUGGACAGCAGACAUUUCCCAUCCAGCCUCGCAGCAGUACUUUUUUUACGAAAUCCACUGAUGUGCGCCAGGGGGGAAGAAAAUUAAAGGGUGCCACUGAAAUGUUUGGAGGAGGGACCAGGAAAAGCACUUUCUAAAGAAAAUGAUAACUAAUAACGGCAACAAACGACACAGCUGGAAGCCACCUGCCUGCCUCAGGAUCGUUUGGGGGAAAGGUCUGUGGGCCUCGCAGAUGUCCUGGCAGAGGGACUCUAGUCCUUUCCUUCAGGUGGCACCAGAGAGCUUCUUCUGCGGUGAUACUGCAGAGGUUGCUUGCCACGCUCAGGCGGGCCCUGCUGGCCAAAGGUACUAACAGGCUAUGGCAGGUUGGUCCCGUUAGGUCAGCCUGCUGAAGGCUGCAGAAACAAAAGGGGCGGAGCCACCGAUCUGAAUUUCACUCUGUGCAGUAGGCUAGUUCCUACACAAACUCUCACACCGCUCUCUCCAGGCCAGUAGGGGGCGUUAGCAGCAUUCAAGGGCACCU